AUGAAGAGGAAGUUCAUGAUGUUGUCCUUGUUGAUAUCUGGACCGAAACAGCCCGAGAAAGAUAUUGAUGUCUAUCUACAACCGUUGAUAGACGAUUUGAAGUUACUAUGGCAGGGGGUUGAAUGUGUGUAUGACUUUGUGAGAGAAGAGACCUUUACAUUGAAGGCAGUCCUAUUUUGGACUAUAAAUGACUUUCCUGCGUAUGGGAACCUUUCAGGUAGUGUCACCAAAGGAUAUAAUGCUUAUCCUAUCUGUGUUCAUGAAACCAAACCCAUUAGGCUGAAACAUUGUAAUAAAAUGGUGUUUUUGAAGAAUCGCCGAUUCUUGCGUAGAAAUCAUCCAUAUCGAAAACAGGCUGCAGCAUUUGACAACACGAUUGAGAAUGAAGUCGCCCCUGAACCAUUAAGUGGAGAAGAGGUUCUGGCAAGGGUUGAAGGACUGCCUCGUGAGUUUGGAAAAACUCAAAAGCCUGCCAAGCGAGGUGAUCAACCCAGACCUUGCUGGAAAAAAAAAAGCGUGUUCUUUGAACUUGAAUACUGGAAAUAUAUUCCAGUACGUCAUAUUCUUGAUGUGAUGCACAUUGAGAAGAAUUGUUGCGAUGCCAUAAUUGGGACCCUCUUGAAUAUUCCUGGUAAGACAAAGGAUGGAGCUGCUUGCCGUUUGGACAUGGUCGAUAUGGGCAUCAAAACUGACUUGAAAGUGGUAGCUGGGGAGAAAAAGGCCAAGUUGCCUUUGGCUAGUUGGAAUUUACUGCAUCAUGAGAAAAAAAUAGUCUGCCGAUCCUUUUUUGGAAUGUCAGUUCCUACACGCUUCUCCUCAAAUAUUAGUAAUCUGGUCUCCAUGGAAGAUUUAAAAAUGGUCGGUCUUAAGUCACAUGACUGCCACACAGUGAUGCAGUACCUACUCCCCGUUGCAUUAAGAUCAGUUCUAGAGAAGCCUGUUAGGUAUGCCAUUAUUCGGUUCUGCCUGUUUUUUAAGGCAAUUUGUAGUAAAGUCAUAGAUGUUUCUAGACUUAAACAAAUGCAAGCAGAUCUGGUUGAUACUGUUUGUUUGCUUGAAAAAUUCUUCCCACCUUCAUUUUUCGAUAUUAUGAUUCAUCUAACAGUACAUCUUGUUAGAGAAGUUGAAUGGUGUGGCCUUGUGUUUUUCCGAUGGAUGUUCCCAUUCGAGAGGUACAUGAAAGAACUCAAAGGGUAUGUUAAAAAUCAACAUUUUCCUGAGGGCUGCAUGGCUGAGAAGUAUAUUGUUGAAGAAGCUGUAGAGUAUUUAGAAGAGCGUAUCCAUUCUGAAGGUGGUAUCACUGUGGGAAUUCCAUUGACAAGCAAAGCUGGAAACUACAAACAGAGCAGGGAGCACAAUGAAUAUUUGGAGUUGAUUUACCCAAAUAACGUGAAGAACAAGAAGUGGAUGAGGGAAAAACAUAAUGCAACAUUUCCAGACUGGUUAAAAGAAAGGGUUGCAAAUCAAUUGAGGCUGAAAUCCGAUAAAGAUUCACAAACAUUAAGGUGGAUGGCUGCUGGUCCCAAAAAUCAAGUGUCAACCUAUGCCGCUUACCAUGUCAAUGGAGUUGACUACAACACCAAAGAGAGAGACAGCGUUUGA